AUCGACUGCUCAACUGCAACUGCGACUGCUGUCGCCGCGCCUCCUCGUCUUUUGCCUUCGUCUUCUCUCAAACUGCUACUGAAACUCACAAAUGGCGACGGACAACAAAUCCACCAAGUCCAAGAAGGGGAAGCAGCGCUAUCUCCCUUACAACAAAGCGGUGAAGAAGAAAGGCGCGUACCCAUUACACCCAGGAGUGGAAGGAUUCUUCAUUACUUGCGAUGGCGGAAGGGAACGCCAAGCCUCGCAGGAGGCCAUUAAUGUUAUUGACUCUUUUUAUGAAGAGCUAGUCAGUGGAAAGGAUUCGGGUUUAAACCUUUUUGAGGCACCCUCUAAACCUUCAAAUAAGAAAAUAGUGUUCUCGUAUUCUGAUUCUUCCAGUAGUGAGGGUGAUGAUGAUGAUGAUGAAAAGAAACAAGAAGGAGAUGAAAAGAAACAAGAAGGAGAGGACAAGAAACAAGGAGGAGAGGACAAGGAAGCAGAAGAAGAGGGUGAAGUGGGUGAAGAGAGCAAAGGUGAUUCUCGUAGUGAUGGUGCCAGUCAUAAUAAUGCAACAAGUGAGAAAUCAGAACACCAGAAGAAAAAUGACACAUGUGGAGAAAAUAAAACUGGGGAAAACACUAAUGACAAGAAAGGGGAUAAUUUAAGUAAGGAAAUUUGUGCAAAUGAAGCUGAGGAGCCACCAGCAAAGAAACAAUGUCUAGGAACAGAUUCAUCAGAAUGUACAAUCCCAUACAAAGUGGAAGACAAGUCCAUUGAUAAGCUAAUUGAAGCCGAGCUUCAAGAACUGGGAGAUAAGAACAAGAGACGCUUUUUCACCCUUGAAUCGGGUUGCAACGGUGUUGUCUUUGUUCAAAUGCGGAAGAGAGAGGGAGAUCCUAGCCCUAACGCAAUUGUGCAGCAUAUGAUGACAUAUGCUGCUGCAACGAAGAAACACAUGUCAAGGUUUAUCCUAAGAGUAUUACCCGUUGAAGUAGCAUGCUAUUCUUCAGAAGAGGAAAUUUCAAGAGCAAUCAAACCACUUCUUGAACAGCACUUUCCAGUGGAAACUCAGAAUCCUCAGAAGUUUGCAGUCCUGUAUGAAGCCCGUGCAAACACCGGUAUUGACAGGAUGAAAAUCAUAAAUGCAGUGGCAAAAUCUGUGCCUGCCCCGCACAAAGUUGACCUCAGCAAUCCUGAUAAGACCAUUGUUGUUGAAAUUUGCAGGACUAUUUGCUUAAUCGGUGUUGUUGACAAGUACAAGCAGUUGGCCAAGUACAAUUUGCGGCAGCUCACAUCAUCAAAGCCAUAGGAUUUUGUACCUUCAGUUAAGCUUGUAAUCUGGGUUGAACUCAAAGAAGUAAUUUGGGUUUACGAAUGAGAACAGGCGGUGGCGGUGAAAAUAUUGCGCGACAGUGUAGAAGCUUAGACGCCUGUUGUUGAUUUUACGUAGUAUUUGAGAUUUAGAUCCCUGUUAAUCGUAAUGAUUGCAUAUGGUUUUAUAAGUGUGGUUUAUUCCUACACUGCGAUUGAGAGUUUUGUUCGCCAUGGUAUUGUUCGAAUUGAUCAUAAAUCUAGUUCUGCUGCUUCUUAAAUCA